GCAUUUUUAGGUUUCUCAAGAUGUCAGGCAUUAUGGGGAGAAUAUAAUGAUAGGACAUCUAAUCUAUACUCCAGUCUGGAAGGUGGCGGUAAUGCACCUAUAAGUUGUUUGCCAACCGCCAUUAAACAUAAAAGAAGAAGAAGAAGAAGAAGUUCUUCCUCAAAAAUAGGCGCGAAAAUACAGAGUACGGUCGGGGGUAACAAGCUGACGGUUGGCGCUAAAUUCACGAUUACGCCUUGUCAUUCCUAUUUUAUAAACGUCAUAAUUUCUUCAGUAAGAGACACCAACAUGGCAAACAACAAUGUCGAAUCAGCACAGAAGGAAACUGAAAGCAUCUUGAACAAUGAAAACGAUGCAUCUCUUCUGCAAAAUGUAACAAAGGAGGUUCUGCAUUCAACCCAUUCAUUUGGAUGGCGCUGGAGUGACAAGCCUCCCAAUUUUAUGACCUGCAACAAAUUUGGAACUGUUGAGGACUCGCUGAAGAGAAGUAGUCAGUUUAAAAAACUUGCAGCGAAGUGCAUAGGCAAAGAGCUUGUUAUUAUAAGAGAUGGGAAAGCGCUCAGUACUCACUUUCCUUGUACUUUAAUUCAAAAAGAUGAUUGUUUGACUGUAAAGUUCGUAAAGGCUGUAGAGCAACCUAAAAGGCAUGUUCGUGUCUUUGCCUGCCAGAAUGAACCCUCUUGUGAGCUAGUAGUGUUUCAUGUGUUAGCAAAGGGAGGUAGAGGAAUUGUAAAAGUCAUGAGAAAUCCAUCACUAAGAACAGCAAUACAUGAAGUUACUGUUUAUGCUUACAAAGGGGAAAAAGUGAAGCAGGCUAUAAAAAGAGAUGGGCGCUUUCUCAAUAUCGUAUUCAAAAAGAACAGUGCACUCUCUUGCAAAAGCGGUGAGGCAAAAAUUGAGUUUUCCAAUCUCGUUGAUGACCUCAGCGACAAAACCUUUCAGGUUAUUCUGCUCAGUAAGGGAAGUGCCCCGCACAGUCAGUCUGGCAGUCUUGAGGAAGCUUAUCUGACACCAAAUGAAAAUCAGCCUCAGUCUGACUCAGAAAUGGCAGCACACUUAAACAAAACGGAUUCUAAUGCUGACAUUAAGCUAAAACAAACAUUGUGGGAAAUACCCAACUCAAAUGUAAUGAGAGAUCAGUUAUACUUGCAGUUUAAAAAUGCAGUGAAAACCAUAAAACCUGGGGCUUUUAAGCUUUCUCGUGUCCAGAAUCUGUUUCGUGUGGAAUUUGGACAGAGUGCUCAGAGGUGCAAGAAAGUGAAAACCAUGAAGACGAUGAUGGAGCUCAGUGAUUCAGUAUGCCAAGUGAGAGUAAAUGGGGAGCCGUAUGGAACUGGGUUUCUCCUUUUUGGCUGCUACGUCCUCACUAAUGCCCAUGUUAUUAAAGAUCUUUACAAUGAGAACAGGGAGCAACUUACUCAGAAUGUCUCAUUGCACUUCUCAUAUGAAAGUGUAGAGGACACUGGGGGAGCAGUUGAUGUGGAGGAGGUGGUUUGCUUUGAGUACACAUGCAAUGUGCUGGCGAGAGACUGGGCUUUGCUAAAGCUCAAGACUAAUCAGACACUGCCUGCCCGACUCUUAAAACAUCUUGGUUUCCCCUCCAAAGAUGGUGGGAUUUGCAUCAUUGGACAUCCAAAUGGAGGUGUGAAAAAAAUAGAUCCAUGCUUGAUUGUUCCUUUCCAGAAACGCACUCAGGUUGUGGAGAGGCAGUACUUGGAGAAUCAAGAUUGUAUUCAGUUGAUUACUGACUCCUUCUUUGAAAAAGUGGCACAAUCUGUCCAACAACAAAGCCAGAAUCUGUAUUAUGGAUCUUGUUUUCAUAUGCUCUCCUCUGGCUCUCCUGUUUUUAAUAACCAUGGCAACAUUAUUGCAAUGCAUACAGGAGGGUAUAAUUACGAAACAGCAAGGGGUGAGCCCCAGAGUGUGAUUGAGUUUGGCCAUCCUUUAUCUGUCAUUAUGGAACAUCUCAUCAUUCAUAUGGUGGAAAGGAAAAAGGUUGACCUUUUAAAGGAAUACCUGGCUUGCCGUUACAACCAGAAUAAAAUCAUUAUGAAAAAUGUGAAGGAACUGGUUGAGAGCAGAAAUCUCACAUCAUUUAGAAACACAGUCAAUGAUUUAGUUCACCUAAAUGAUGUCGAUUUAAAGGAAUUCUGUGAGUUCUUCUUGGUAAAAGAAGAAACCGUUCCUAUGGACAUUGAGUAA